CACUCGGCGGCGGCAGCAGGUUUGUGAGAGCAGCAGCCGGAGGAGGAAGAGGAAGAAGGAAGGAGGAGGAGGAAUCAGAGCGAGAGAAACCGUGUGGCUGCAGUCAGGAGGGAUACAGACACAGAGAGAGAGAGAAGAGAAGAGAAGAGAGGGAGAUACAGACAGAGAGAGAAGAGAAGGUUUCCCCUCCUCACCUCACUGACCCAUGAAAGAAGCCAUGCCGGUGCUCACGGCAGGCGCAGGGCUUCACGAGACGCUGGCCCUGCUGACCUCUCAGCUGCGGCCCGAUGCCAACCACAAGGAGGACAUGGUGUUCCUCAAAGACGUCUUCAGUGAGAGGAGCCUCGGGUACCUGAUGAAGAUCCACGAGAAGCUGAGACAGUACGAGAGGCAGAGUCCGACCCCCGUCCUCCACAGCGCCUCUUCUCUGGCAGAGGAUGUGGCGGAGGAGCUGCAGAGUGGACCAAUGAGCACCGAGGAGAAGGAGCUGCUGCUCCUGCUGACCUCACCACAUCUCACGGCCGUCCUCUCGGUGCACGACACCGUGGCCCAGAAGAACUUUGACCCCGUGCUGCCGCCGCUGCCCGACGACUUCGAGGACGAGCUGGAGGAGGAGUCGGUGAAGAUCGUCAGGCUGGUGAAGAACAAGGAGCCUCUGGGCGCCACCAUCAGGCGGGACGAGGCCACCGGGGUGGUGCUGGUCGCUCGGAUCAUGAGAGGAGGAGCAGCUGAUAGAAGUGGUUUGGUCCAUGUCGGAGAUGAACUCCGGGAAGUCAACGGAGUCUCUGUGAUCCACAAGAGACCUGACGAGAUCAGUCAGCUGCUGUCUCAGUCUCAGGGCUCCAUCACUCUGAAGAUCAUCCCUGCCGUCAAGGAAGAGGACCGACUGAGGGAGAGCAAGGUGUACAUGCGAGCCCUGUUCGACUACGUCCCGCUGGAGGACAAGGCCACGCCCUGCCAGGAGGCGGGACUCCCCUUCAAACGCGGCGACAUCCUGCAGGUGGUGACGCAGGACGACCCCACGUGGUGGCAGGCCAAGCGCGUGGGGGACAGCAACCUGCGGGCCGGCCUCAUCCCCUCCAAGCCGUUCCAGGAGAGGCGACUGACCUACAGGAUGAAAAUGGGCACGCUGCCGAAUCCAAAAUCCCCCAAAAAGCCCGUCUACGAGCAAGGAUGUGAUAAAGAGGACUGUGACUGUGAGGGCUAUUUCAAUGGACAGUACAUAGUCUCUCCUAAGUGUAAAGCAGUGGCGCCCUCCUGUGGCCAGGUGUUUUCCUGGGAAUUUUAUUCAGCUGGUUUGCGGAGGAGUUUCCGGCUGAGUCGCAAGGACAGGCAGGGGACGUCGGGAGAGGGCUCCGACCCCGGGGACGCCGACUUCCAGACGUACGAGGAGGUGACGCGCUACCAGCAGAGGUCCCACGAGAGGCCUCGCCUGGUGGUUCUGAUCGGUUCCCUUGGAGCCCGGAUCAACGAACUCAAACAGCGGGUGAUUGCCGAAAACCCACAUCGCUAUGCAGUAGCUGUGCCACACACCACCCGGCCCAAGAAGCCUCACGAGAAGGAAGGGGUGGAGUACCACUUUGUCACCAAGCAGCAGUUUGACGUGGACGCUUUGAACAACAAGUUCAUCGAGCACGGCGAGUACAAGGAGAACCAGUACGGCACCAGCAUCGAGGCGAUCCGCUCCGUGCAGGCCAAGAACAAGAUGUGCAUCGUGGACGUGCAGCCUGAGGCCCUGAGGAGGCUGCGGACCGCAGAGUUCAAGCCUUACGUGGUAUUCGUCAAACCUCGCGUUCCGGAGAGCAGACGCCGCCGCAGUGCUGCCGCCUCGCCAGGAGGGGGAGACCACGGCCGCGUCACGGACGAGGACCUGCAGGAGAUGCGUCAGUCGGCCGCUCAGAUCGACCAGCAGUACGGACACCUGGCGGACCGCGUCCUGAUCAAGGAGGACUCGGCCAGCGCCUGCUCGGAGCUGCGAGGCAUUUUGGAAAGGCUGGAGCGGGAGUCCUUCUGGGUGCCCGUCGGCUGGGUGCGGACCUAAACCUCUCCCCUGAAUCUCCCAGAGACACUUCACAGCCCCGACAACACCCUGCACCAGUCUUCUCCCAAUGAGCUCACCUCCCUCCCGCCUCAGAGGCCUGCUGGACUCCCCCUGCGCCACUAACCGCUCAACCUGCCGAACGGCGAGUCAGAGGACGACCUCGUCGUCCGGACUGCUCCUCUUGUUCGCCUGGACUUCCUCAAACAAUCGCUCCUCUCUCCGUGCCGUAUUCAUUCCGGGUUUUCCUUGCAUUCCUGAAUUGCUCCGACGUCCAAGACGCGGGAGUGUGUGAGUGUGUCCGGAGCGCGUGUCGGGUCUGGGCCCACGCUCGCCGGGUUGCUCGGUCGCUCACUCGGACUCUAUCGGGGCUCCUGUCGGAGUUCAUUUCGUAGCAUGUCGGGCUUUAGUUUGUUAGUUCAAAUCGACUCGAGGCCAGUCGCAGAAUGCUUCCAUGAAUUCUGACUGCACAUGCAUCCUGCACAGAAUAGGAACCAGUCACACUUUGGUACUCAAGCGAAUGCUGUUCAGAACUUUUUCUUUGCUAAACCGUUAAUUUCGACACAUUGACGGAAGAAGCAAAACGUCCGAGUGGAAUGUGAGAGUUUUAUUUUCUACAGAACUGAUUGUUUUUAGGGAAACGCAUGACAGCUGAUCAUCGAAUAUCUGAUGUACAUAUUGUUAGUGUCACUCCUCGUGUGCCAACGGAAGAUCUCGUAGCACUUCAAUGCAACCUGUUUACCUUCGUGGACGGACGCCACACUGUACGUACACACACGUGAAAUGCAACUUUUAUGGGUUUUUGUACAGUUUCCUUGCACACUUUUCAUUUUAAUCUUUUUUUGCACCGCAGAAGCAGAGGUGAGCACUGGAUGUGUUUCAUUUCUGUGUUGUCGAAAACUGCAGAUGUUAAAUAUCCACAGGUUUCAAAUUAGUGACGCAUUUAAUUUAUCAUUGUACAAUGUUUACAACGUCUCAAAUGUGAGGACCUUUUCUUUGUCAGUUUAGUAAAACAAGCAACGUGAAGACAACUUAUUUUCUUCUUUUAGAGGAAAGAUUAAUAAGGGAAAUGUGGCCAAUAGAUUAAAUUGAUAUAAUCGUUGGUUUAAUUCAAAUUAAUAAUCUGACACUAAGAUGAUAUUGAGUAUAAAUAUGAUGAAGGGGCAUUAACAGAAGCUAAAUACUUUUAAUUUACAGGAUUGGUUUACAUUUUUCCCCAAGUGUGUCCUGGAACAAGUAAGAUAUGAACACACGCACAUUGACAGUUCAUACAUUGUGUCAAAUCAACAGUUACUGUCGGCACCGUUUCUGUCUGGAGGCCGAGAGCUCGUUCUCCAGCACGUGAGUGUGACACCACGACGGAAUAACGUGAACCUUCUCUUUAGCGACAAAUCAAAAUGAGAGGGAACCGUAAAAUAGAGGGGACAGCCUUUUGUCACAGGUGAUUAUGAGUCAAAUGAUCUGUACAGGUCGAUGACGUCUUGGAUCGACGACCUCUCCUACAUUUGAAUUUGAAUGUGCGUGUGGUAAAAGUUUAAAUAAGCGGCUUCCAGAUCCCUUAGGUCGUUUGUUGAGAACAUGCAAUGUGCUUUUCAUCUUAUCUGUUUGAACUGAGAAACGUGUACAAAGUGCCAUAAUAAAGCUCGCUGAAUCCAA